CUUUAAGGACGGUCUUCGUGUUGAGACAACUCAAGAAGGGUGGGGAACUCUUCGCAUCAUUGCAUUAUCUUCGUUUCACUCACGACGAGUUCCAUCUUCACAAGCGGGACGAAAACGUCGCCCAAAUAUCCUCAUCAAGCCGAUGGAAAGUUGACUACAGCCAAUUUACUGUUUUUCCGAGAUUUAUAAACGUUCUGCAGACUUAACCUGUUUUGGAAUUACUUGAACAUCAUCGCUGGUAAAGAAUCAUCCGUCUCAGUCGGCAAGGCGGCUUCUCGAUAAUUAAAAUUGAAUUCAUCGGUUUUAGAUAGAGUUUCCUCCCGGCAAACCUUAUCAGGACCACCUGAAUAGCUGAAACUCGUAACUGGGUAUAGAGAAGACCUGCUGCUUGUUGUAUGAUUUAUUUUUGCUGAAUUUCAUUCGUUCAUAAAAUCAAACAUUUAUGAGGAAUAAAUUUAUAUCAUACAACACAAUUACUUGAUCAAUUAAUGUUACGCCACGCACACCAUAUCCUCUGGUAUUACUGCCCAUUGUGAGAGGAAUACACACCUCGCAGACCUGUGUCUUCAUUUUAACGUGCCGUUGGAAUAUAUAUAUGGAUAAGUUAUGCUUCCGAUAUCUGUAGCGGAAUGACGGUGGUUAACAAUGCAUUUAUUUCUCGGAUUUCUCUCAACGUUGCUGGCAAUAUGUCUCAGCAAAGCAACAGAACAGUUUUCAGAUUUGCCCCUACCUUGCAGAACAACUUCAAGCGAAAGACAGAAAGACGGUCUAUGGCUCACAGCACAAUCCCUAAACACUACUGCAAUAGAUGUGAGAUGGCACUCUCUUCCAUCCCAAGUCCAUGUCCAACUGUCCUGCACAAAUGUGGAGGACAACGUAAUAACCUUCAAGACGACAGCGAACGGAAAAGGUCACACUGUCCUUGGCGGCUUACAAGAGGGCUCUCUAUAUCACAUUAUCAUCAUAUCAAGAGAUAGCAGAGGAAAGGAGACUUCAGUAUACAUUGAAGUUAGCACAGAAUGUUCAGAUGAGGUUUUUCAUGUAGGAAGAAAACUCCAGCAAAGUGUGGCAGAAACUACUGUAGAGUCCACAACUUUCGAGGAAGCAACAACAUAUGUUGAAAGUACCAUAAAUAGUGAAACAACAGAAAAAACUAGCUCAAGUGACAGUUCAGUCUCUGAAAUAACGGCAGCUGAAACCACUGUCCAAAUAGACAUUACAGAGGGUCACUCAACAGCUGCAGAGACAACAGCCCAAGUAGUAUCGUCUGAAUCUACCAAUGUCUCUAUUAGUGCAACAUUUGAAGCCACCACAGAUGGGGGAACAAGUGCAAUGCAGACUGAUUCAGAGACGACUGAAAAUGAAGCUACAACGUUGGUCUUUACCAGCCAGAUGGGAACAAGUAGCGAGGAAAGCACAGAUUUUGCAUCCACAGUUGAAGCAACAACAUUGUCAGUAACAACAGGUGUAAUAUCUGAAAAUGCAGACACAACAUUUGUAGAAACCUCAGUUCAAAUGGACACAACACUUAUCUUAACAUCAGAUAUAAGCACUACCGAUACUACAGGAAGUACUGUGCCUACGACUGAAGCAAGUCAAGAAAGCAGUUCAGAUGAACUGACAGGUUCUUUUACAGAGGAAGCUACAACUCUUUCUAGAACAACCAAUGCAAUAUCUGAGGAUAUAGAAACAACUUUUGAUUCUUCAACAAUACAAGUUCAGUCUACAGUUGGGAUUUCUUCAGAUAUGAGCACAAGUGAAAUAGCAACUUUAACUGAGACAACAAGUGUGUCUACAGAAGCUGUCAGUUCAGAUGCUACAAGUCAAGCUGACAUUUCUUCUAAAGUUACAACUCUAAAUAUGGGUACAACUGGAGCAAGUUCUUUGCCUGAAACAACAAGAGUGACAACCGAAACUGUCUUUUCAGAUGCAACACCUCUGGCAGAAAGCACAUCUGAUCAGGCAUCUGUGACAGAAAGUAUCGCACCGAGUCAAACUAGCCAACAAAUCCUAACACAAACAAAUGAACCUUCAAGUCCAACAGGGACUGCAGCUGAGACCACACAGACCAUGCCAGAGUCAACAUCAACAUCAGCCGUGAAUGUAGUGACAACUACUGGAGCUGAAGAGACAACUGUCCAGGCUGUUACUACCAAUGUUGAAAUUGCUUCCUCUGGAGCCACUACCCAAGAUCUCUACACUUCAGAUGGUGCUGGCUCAUCAUUAAGCAGUGUAACUACAGCUGUUCCUCUAGAAACUUCUGCAUUUUCUAUGGCAAGUCAGGUCUUGACUACAGAUAAGUCAGUGACCUCACAAAUUCAAACCACCAAUAACUUACCAUUUGUAACAUCAACCCCUGGGGAAUAUACCACUCAGAUGAGUACUUCCUCAGAGCUCUCAACUGGGACUGUUAUUCUUUCGUCUACCAUGAUUGAUGUAACUUCUGAGAAUUCUGUAACUGACCCUGAAUCAACUGUCCAAUUUAUUGAGGAUACUACCACAAGUGUUCAAGGUUCAACCACAACUGGAGGAUUGACCUCUGAUGUAUCAUCAAAAGCUUUUUCCACUUCAGGAUUCACAACCUCUGGUUUAAAUACUGGUGUAGAAACAACAGAGCCAGAAGCUCCUACAACAGAAAUCUCAACCUCUGGGUUGGGCACAAGUGCAGAAUCAACAGAGCAAGCCACAACUGAAGGAUUGACAAGCUUUGGGCUGAGUACUGGUGCAGAAACAACAGAGCCAGGAACAAGGACUACUGAGGAGGAAUCAACUGAAUCAGGAACAACAGAGGGAUUCACCUCAGAUUUGACAUCUACUGCUGUACCAACAUCAGAUAUCACAACCAAUGGUCUAACUACUGAGGAGGAGACAACUGAAUUAGGAACAACUGAGGGAUUCACCUCAGAUAUAACAUCUACUGCUCUACCAACAUCAGAUAUCACAACCAAUGGUCCAACUACUGAGGAGGAGACCACAGAAUCGGGAACAACUGAGGGAAUCACCUCAGAUAUGACAUCUACUGCUCUACCAACAUUAGAUAUCACCACCAAUGGUCUAACUACUGAGGAGGAGACAACUGAAUCAGGAACGACUGAGGGAUUCACAUCAGAUAUGACAUCUACUGAGGAGACAACUGAAGGAUUCACCUCAGCUGUUACAUCAACUUCGCUGUCAACAUCAGAUAUCACAACCAAUGGUCUAAUUACUGAGAAGGAGACAACUGAAUCAGGAACAACUGAGGGAUUCACCUCAGAUAUUACUUCAACUGGGCCGUCAACAUCAGAUAUUACCAUCAAUGGUCUAACUACUGAGGAGGAGACAACAGAAUCGGGAACAACUGAGGGAAUCACCUCAGAUAUGACAUCUACUGCCCUACCAACAUCAGAUAUCACCACAAAUGGUAUGACUACUGAGGAGGAGACAACAGAAUCAGGAACAACUGAGGGAAGCACCAAAGAUAUGACAUCUACUGCUCUACCAGCAUCAGAUAUCACAACCAAUGAUAUCACCACCAAUGGUCUGACUACUCAGGAGGAGACAACUGAAUCAGGAACAACAGACGAAUUUACCUCAGAUAUCACAUCUACUGCUCUACCAACAUCAGAUAUCACAACUAAUGGUCUGACUACUAAGGAGGAGACAACUGAAUCAGGAACAACAGACGGAUUUACCUCAGAUAUGACAUCUACUGCUCUACCAACAUCAGAUAUAACAACCAAUGCAUCAGAUAUUACCACAAAUGGUAUGACUACUGAGGAGGAGACAACAGAAUCGGGAACAACUGAGGGAAGCACCAAAGAUAUGACAUCUACUACUCUACCAGCAUCAGAUAUCACAACCAAUGAUAUCACCACCAAUGGUCUGACUACUAAGGAGGAGACAACUAAAUCAGGAACAACAGACGAAUUUACCUCAGAUAUCACAUCUACUGCUCUACCAACAUCAGAUAUCACAACUAAUGGUCUGACUACUAAGGAGGAGACAACUGAAUCAGGAACAACAGACGGAUUUACCUCAGAUAUGACAUCUACUGCUCUACCAACAUCAGAUAUAACAACCAAUGGAUGA